AUGGUGCCUCGGAUCUUUCGAUGGCCAUGGAUGUCCCUUACUCUUGGGUAUGCAUUCCUGGGUGGAUGGAGGGGGUUGUUGAGUCCCUCGCGUUCCGUGGGCUGCUGGCCGCUGCGCUCCCCAGUCUUCUCUAAUACGGCGAUGUUCGAAGAAGCAGCGCGAGAGUUGAGGAUUCCUCGAGAUCCGGUGCUUCUGGAGAUGUUGGCGGUUAUCCGAAAAGUGGCAUUACAGACACUGCCAGGCCCCGACAUUCGACUCGCGGGCUCACAUGCCGAUGGCACUGCACUUCGCUGUGUCUCUGACAUUGACGUUUGGGUGUCGACGUCUCGAAAUAUCAGUUGCCAGGAACGCAACACAUUUGACAAAAAGCUCCGACAGCAAAAGGGAUUCAACAAGAAACUUCGGCUUCAGAAGAGGUCAAUGGGCCGCAAAGCAAGCAAGCUCGAGUUUUGGAAUGGGAAAGAGUUCGUGGCUCGGGUGGAUGUAGUGCUGGUGAACAGGAGCAAGGAUGUGGGCUUUUGUGAUCAUGACUUCCCUUGCUUGACAAAGACCAGCUCGCGUGCUGAAGCCAGGCAAGCUGCCUUGGAGGUGUUGCGAGAACGCCCCGAGGCGCGGCAAGCGGUUCGGAUGAUGAAAGCUUGUUGCUGCAGUUUGGUAGAGCCUUCAUCGACCAUCUCCGGCUUUCUCUUGACCCACCUGGCCCGCCGGAUUCUACAGGAACAUGACGAUUUGACGGCCUUGGCUUUAUUCCUUCAGCUGCAGCAGCUGAUCUAUCGCGCUUUCAAAUUCCUAGGGGCUUCCAAACGAGACUGGGACCCAGGCUACAUUGAUGGACAGGAACCAGAAAGUCUUCAAGACCGGAUUUUGCUCGACUUAUUCGCAGAUUGCGCAAGCUCCUCAUCUCGGAGCGGAUUGAGACGCAUGCGAAACACCAUAGUUGAGGCUGGGCGUUCCUUACAUCAUGCAUUACGAGCCAUUGAGAAGGCUGAUGCAGAAUUCUUGCUUCAGCAUCCAGUGCUUUCACCAGUUGCUGGCCGCUUGCUAUCUAAUCGCCCUGCAAACCAUCACAAGCACCGCUGGAGAUGGAGGGCCUGGCUGGAGCGACGGAGGAAGCGACCGCUCAGAAGAAAACUUCAAACAUCUCAAAAUAAAAAAUGGGACUAG